GGCUCAUCUUGCAAAAUGAGUAUGCUUUGGAAUUGGUAUUCUAUUGAUACUUGCUUGAUCUCGAGAACUUGGAAAAAUGAUACCAAGGCAAAAUUUGCUGGUUCGUGUGUUGGUGUAUUUUUCCUCUUAAUCGCUGUUCAAUGGUUUAGAAGAGUAAUGAGAGAGUAUAAGAGAACCAUUCUUCAAAACAAGAAAUCCCAACUAGCUAACACAAAUAUCAGCUCUUUAUCCACAAAGACUAAUAACUUCAAACUUCAAAGCUCUCCGAUUCAAGAUUUUUUGGUUCCCAUCUUAUCUUGUCUCUCACAUAACUGGUUCUGGGCUUUGAAUUCUCAAAAUGCCAUAGUUAAAAAUGAUAACAUCUACAUAUAUCCAAACGUUUUGGAACACAUUUUUUAUUGUGCAUUAGACACCAUUGAAUGGAGUGUUCAUCAUGUUGUCAUGUUGUUGUUUAUGUAUUUUAAUGGUUAUAUUUUCAUUUCAUGUAUGGUUGGUGCUAUGGUUGGUUACUUUUUAUUUCAUUACGAACCAAUGUCAAAACAGGCUAAUUCUACAAACGAUGAAGAAAAGCGAUGCUGCCGUUAA